UUCAUACUUCUUCCUCGAUUGUGGUGGCGCUCUCAUGGCGGCGGUUAUCGGAAACGUGGCGUUGUUACUCGACAUUAACUCUCACCGUACGGUGGUAACUGAUCGGAGAAUCCGUUUAACGAUGGUUGACGUUGUGCUGAAUUUACAAAAGAGAGAUUCGAACAGUCACGUUUCUCACUACGCGGCUCUCUCUACCAGUAAGCCUCUUGAAUCUGACGGCGAGGCUAGGAAUCGCCGGUUUUUAGCUCGCGGAAAGUCGAAUUCCAGGGCAAACGCCGUCGAUUACGACGACGCGGGAUCCAGCGACGAGGAAAGCAGCGACGGUGGUGACGGCAAUGAGAAUGACGAGGAGGAAGCUAACGAUAAGAAGAAGGAGAUGAAGAGGAAAGCCAAGGAGUAUCAGGAUAUGAAGGAGCUUGAAAGGAAAGCAGAGGAGUUACAGUAUAAGAUUGAUGAAGAAGGAGAUGACGAUUCAGAGGAGAAGAAGAGGAUGAGAGUGAAACGAGAACUCGAAAAGGUAGCUCAGGAGCAAGCAGAGAGGAGAAGAACUGCGGAAUUGAUGUUUGAAUUGGGUCAAAAGGCUUAUGGUAAAGGCAUGUAUGGACGCGCCAUCGAGUUUCUUGAAGGAGCUCUUACGAUUAUCCCAAGGCCAACACUCUUUGGUGGUGAGAUUCAAAUUUGGUUAGCUAUGGCAUAUGAGGCCAAUAAUCGCCACGCUGAUUGCAUUGAUCUUUAUCAGCAAUUAGAGAAGAAACACCCGAGUCCUGGUAUUCGUCGUCAAGCUUCUGAGCUUCGGUAUAUCUUGCAAGCUCCUAAGCUCAAGAUAUCUCAGGAGGAAAUGGUUACUAUUCCCAUGAUUGGUUCAAGUUACGACAGCUAUGCAGUGACAUGGACUGACAAGGACAGGGAUAAGGAGCGGCGAAUGAAUGAAUCGACCACAAACCAGCUGAACUCGAGCGAAGACUUUCUAGGAAAGCUCUUGGUUUGGCGACCAACCGUUGGUAUGGAAAAGAACAGAGUGUUUUGGCUUGCUUUGACACUGUGGUUCGGUUUGGUUGGAGCAGCACUCAUCUUACAAAAAUAAGUAGAAGACAUGAAGAAAACGUUUUUCAUCUCUUUCAAUUAUGGUUUGGUACCGUUUCUUCUACAUGUCUUGAAAUUAUAUUUUGAUUUCAUGUAUAAAUGUGUAAUCAGCCGAAAUCAUAUUUCAUUGUAUAUAAUGUAUUUGAUGGAAAUAUAUAACUGUGUACUUGUGUUAUGUGUUAUUGAUACGAAAGGAUCCUCUAUAUGCUUCA